AUGGAAAUCAGCUCAAGGCUUCAAGAAAGAGAGAGCCACCUUUCCCCUAUGAACUCUCCAACAAGCAAUGUGAGCAACUGCAUGAGCAGCAGUAACAGCAAUGGCAUCCAAAUCUCGACACCACCUCUCACUCCCAAGACCAUCCCCAGAUCUGACUCCAACCCCUACCCUACCACUUUUGUCCAGGCUGACACCUCCACUUUCAAGCAGGUAGUCCAAAUGCUAACUGGCUCAUCAGACACCACAAAACAAGCACAGGAUCCAGUGCCAACACCACCACCUCCACCAUCCAGAAACUUCAACAUCCCCCCAAUCAAGACUCCACCAAAGAAGCAGCAAGGGUUCAAGCUCUAUGAGAGGAGGAACAGCAUCAAGAACAGCCUCAUGCUCAACACCUUGAUGCCCAAUUUUGCUCACAACAACUCUCCAGGGUUCUCACCCAGAAAUAAGCCUGAGAUCCUCUCCCCUAGCUUGCUUGACUUCCCUUCCCUUGCUCUCAGCCCUGUCACCCCAUUGAAUGAUGACCCUUUUGACAAGUCCUCACCUUCAUUGGGAAAUUCAUCAGAGGAGGAAAAGGCCAUAGCUGAAAAGGGCUUCUACUUGCAUCCCUCUCCCAUGACCACUCCGAGAGACUCAGAACCACAGCUCUUGCCUUUGUUCCCACUGACCUCACCAAGAGUGUCAGAAUCUCCCUCUUGA